AUGGCAUUUGGAUGUGGAAUCUACAACGAGCGUUUUGUUGCCUGGGAAAAUGAUACUAGAGGUGAUCCAAUAUCUGGAGUUGUUGGUCUAGGGAAAUAUGAUCUCUCUUCUAUACUUUAUCAAUUAAGUCCUAUAACCCUUCUCAAGUUUUCUUAUUGCCUUCCGCUGCACAUAUUUGGAGACCAUGACCACCAUCAUGAUCAUGCAUUGCUAGCUUUUGGUAACGAUGCAGAUAUAAGAGGUACUUCUGGUGUACAAACAACACCAAUUUAUGGUACUGAUGAUGAUUGCUAUUACCUAAACUUAACAGGUAUUAGUUUUGAUGGGAAAAUUCUCCCAAUAGAUCCAAAACGUUUUAUGACAGAUAAUCUUGGGGUGAUAGUUGAUUCAGGAACUCCAUACACUCUCCUCGAUCAAGAAGCAUAUGACCAUUUGCGACAAGAUGUGGUCACAUACUUUCUAGAAAGAUAUGAAUGGAGCCCUUUGGACCAACCUAGGUCUAAUUUCAACCUAUGUUACCCGAUGAUGGAGGAUAUUCAAGGACUCGGAAACUUUGCCUUCCCAAAAAUCACAUUUCGCUUUGAAGGGCCAGCAAACCUUGAGCUCAAGGAAGCUUCAAUCUUCCAGAUCUUUGAAAUAGUGAACGAAUUUUGCUUUAUGGUUCUGCCAAGUUACAGUACAAAUAUUUUGGGAGGGUUUCAACAGAUUCAUCAUAGGUUCCUUUUCGAUGUAGGUGCUUCUAAAUUGUCCUUUGCACCUGAGAAUUGUUGA